UUCUCUCUUCUUCCCCCCAAUCCCUUCAAACAUCAAACGCGCUUCAUCCUCAUCAGCCUCGAUUCAAGAGGUACCUUCUCCGAUUCAGAUGAUCGAAUAUCUCAGAUUCGUGCCAUUGUUACGUUUCUUUCACAUCUAGGGUCGAUUUUAGUUGUGGGUUUUGCGAGCUUAAUUCUCGAAAAGCCAUCCUCUAUAAUCUUCUGCUUGGUUGAUCCAAAGUGUUGCUUUUGAGCUAGACAGACCCACUUAAGAUGAAACCGCUUUAGAAUUUGGAACUCGAGGAGCAUUUGUGCUGCUAGGAUGGGUGUGAAGCAGGCUCUAAAGAGCAUCGAUGCGUUCCCAAGAGCAGAGGAUCAUCUGCUUCAGAAAACACAAUCUGGUGCCGUUGUAUCCAUUGUUGGGCUCCUUAUAAUGGUUACGUUGUUCUUGAGCGAGCUCAGUUACUAUCUUAACACCCUUACGGUGCAUCAGAUGUCAGUGGACUUAAAGCGUGGAGAAACUCUUCCAAUUCAUGUCAAUAUGACGUUCCCAUCUUUGCCUUGUGAUGUAUUGAGCAUGGAUGCUAUCGACAUGUCAGGGAAGCAUGAAGUGGAUCUUGAUACAAACAUUUGGAAGCUCCGUCUCAACAGUCAUGGUCAUAUCAUUGGCACAGAAUAUAUAUCUGAUCUUGUUGAAAAGGAGCAUGAUCACUCAUCUCACAAGCACGAUGGCAAAGACGAAGACAAGAAUGAGACGGAAGCUUUGAAUCUACUCGGCUUUGAUCAAGCUGCUGAGACGAUGAUUAAAAAGGUGAAGCAAGCAUUGGCAGAUGGAGAAGGAUGCCGGGUUUAUGGUGUCCUAGAUGUACAACGGGUUGCUGGAAACUUCCACAUUUCAGUUCACGGGCUGAACAUCUACGUUGCUCAAAUGAUAUUUGGAGGAUCCAAAAACGUAAACGUGAGCCAUAUGAUUCAUGAUCUAUCGUUUGGGCCGAAGUACCCUGGAAUUCAUAACCCACUUGAUGACACAAACCGAUAUCUGCAUGACACCAGUGGAACAUUCAAAUACUAUAUUAAGAUUGUUCCAACAGAAUAUAGAUAUCUUUCGAAAGACAUACUGUCAACGAAUCAGUACUCUGUAACUGAAUAUUACACACCUAUGAACGAAUUCGAGCGGACAUGGCCAGCCGUCUACUUCUUAUAUGAUCUGUCACCUAUCACUGUAACCAUCAAGGAAGAACGCCGUAGUUUUCUCCACUUGAUCACACGGCUUUGCGCUGUAUUAGGGGGUACCUUUGCUUUGACAGGAAUGCUAGAUCGUUGGAUGUUCCGUUUGAUAGAAUCUUGGACCAAGAAACCGAGUAGCAGAAGCAUACACAAGUGAAAGUGAGAGGAGCAAGGAUGAUGGAAGAAAGAAGAAUCUCUCAAACCCCACCAAUACAUGUAAUUUACCUUGUGAGACAACGCCCACCAGAGAUUCCAAGAAACUCCAGGGCAUUGACUGUGCAUGUUUCUUAGUCUUUUUGAGCCUUUAUUUUCCUCUCCUAUAUGUAUUUUACUACCCUGGUCAUAGAAUUAUAUGUAAUUUUAUACACUUUGCGUCUUGGCCCCUUUUUAAGCAUAUCUUCUAACUUC